GCUACGUGCUUGCAGAGGCAUUUUGUAAGACCAGCUUCUCGGGCAUUGGGCAGGACUGUGAUAUCAGCAGCUUGACUCAGCACAAGAAACCCGUGGGAGCAACAAAACAGACGAGCCGGUCAACAUGAGCACAGCGGGAAAAGUUAUUAAAUGCAAGGCAGCGGUACUUUGGGAAGCGAAUAAACCAUUUUCUCUUGAGGAGGUGGAGGUCGCUCCGCCAAAAGCUCAUGAAGUUCGCAUCAAGAUUGUAGCCACGGGGAUCUGUCGCUCUGAUGACCAUGUGGUGACUGGUGCACUGGCGAUGCCUUUUCCAGUAAUCCUUGGGCAUGAGGCAGCUGGUGUCGUAGAAAGUGUUGGGGAGAAAGUAACUUUGUUAAAGCCAGGAGAUGCAGUUAUUCCACUCUUUGUUCCACAGUGUGGGGAGUGCAGAUCUUGCUUAAGCACCAAGGGCAAUUUGUGCAUUAAAAAUGAUCUUUCUUCUUCACCUACUGGAUUAAUGGCUGAUGGUACCACUAGGUUUACCUGUAAAGGGAAAGCAAUUCAUCACUUCAUUGGUACAAGUACGUUCACUGAAUACACGGUAGUGCACGAAACUGCUGCAGCCAAAAUAGAUUCCGCUGCUCCUCUGGAAAAAGUUUGUCUGAUUGGCUGUGGAUUCUCAACCGGUUAUGGGGCUGUUCUGCAGACUGCCAAGGUAGAACCUGGCUCCACCUGUGCAGUCUUUGGCCUUGGAGGAGUUGGCCUUUCCGUUGUCAUGGGCUGCAAGGCAGCUGGAGCGUCGCGCAUCAUUGCCAUCGAUAUCAACAAGGACAAGUUUGCCAAGGCCAAGGAACUGGGAGCCACUGAGUGCGUUAACCCUAAAGACUUCAAGAAGCCCAUUCAUGAAGUGCUGACUGAAAUGACUGGCAAGGGUGUGGACUACUCCUUUGAGGUCAUCGGCCGUAUUGAAACCAUGACUGAAGCCUUGGCCUCUUGCCACUACAACUACGGAGUCAGCGUGAUUGUGGGAGUGCCCCCUGCAGCACAAAAGAUUAGUUUUGAUCCCAUGCUUAUCUUCAGUGGCCGCACCUGGAAAGGGUCUGUCUUUGGAGGCUGGAAGAGUAAAGAUGCAGUGCCCAAACUGGUUGCUGAUUACAUGAAGAAGAAGUUUGUUUUGGAUCCUUUAAUAACCCACACCCUUCCUUUCACUAAAAUCAAUGAGGGAUUUGAUCUGCUAAGGACAGGGAAGAGUAUUCGCACCGUCCUUGUAUUAUAAUUUUCUCGAUGGCUUAGCAGCAGUGCAAACUUCAUUCUGCUCCAGUACAACUGAUACAAAUCAGGCAUUUCUGAAAGCGUCACCACUGCCUUCACUUAAAAGGAUCAAACUCAGCAUCAAGACUUCAAGCAAAGCACUUAGAAUGGAAAUAAUAAUCUUUCAUCCCAUCUUUUGUUCUUUAUUACUGCUUUCUAUGCCUAUUUCUCUUAAUAUCCAGUAAUGAUAUUACAAUCUGUGCUGCUGGAACAGGUGUUAUGAAAGGUUUGGCUUGGUUUCUGACCUUUGACUGUGAAUACUGAGCAAUUGGGAAGAAACAAGUGACAGUUGACAGUCUGCAAAAGAUAAAACUAAGAAUCUUAUGGCUUUUUCUGUAUUUGUAAUCUGGAAACAGGAACAGAAGCAAUUUCUGUUCAACCACCUCACUACAAAACCUGUUUCUAUAUCUGACCAAACAGUAAAGAGAAAAAAUUA